CUCUGUCCGAACAGUUGUUUAGCCAAUAGCGUACGAGGCGGUUGUAAAGCGCUCGCAAAUUUUCGCUCGAAGAGAUUUUUAUCAUUUGUGUUCGCGCAGAAACACGAAGAGCAGCAUAAACGGAUAAAACAAACAAAGAAAAACGUUCAUCAUUAAAAUUCUUGCCGAUCUCAAGUGAAGACGCUCAUCAAUUGUAGAAAUGAGCAAUCUACAGCAUAUAACGCUUGAGAUGGAUCAAGUGGGCAAUACGAAAACUCCAGCUAAAAAUCAAGUUAAUCACAAUGAGGGCUUGGACGAUAUAGAUGGACGUAAAGGGCGCAUACCUCGAGCAGUACCUGAAAUCGAUGAUGAUGAUGAUGAACGUCCUUCUGCGAAUGGCUUUAAUGCGGGCGUGGAUGAUGGUCUGCUAGGUAAUGGAGACGAGAAUUUCCGCCCCAAUUUACCCCAACCGAAUGGUGGCCGCCGUCCUAGCUUUACAUUUCCAGGCUAUGAUGGUCCCGGCUUUGUGACCAUCAAUGGUGUGGACACGCCCAUACCGGAUGUGAAUGCCUAUCAGCAUAAGAAGACGCUAGCUCAGGGUAUGAUGGAUCUGGCGCUGCUCUCGGCCAAUGCGAAUCAGCUGCGUUAUGUACUGGAAACGAAUCGACAGCAUCCGUACUUUUAUCCCAGCUUAAUUUUUAUAUCAUUAAGCAUUAUAUUUCAGAUUGCAGUCGGCGUUGGCCUUAUAUGGAAUGGCAGAUACAAUAUUAAGGAUGAACGCGAAAUAUGUCGUGCGAACAAAAUUAAUAAUUAUACAGUCAUUGGCAUAUUUAUUGUGACCGUUAUCAACGUUUUAAUAUCUGCUUUUGCUGUGGCCGAAGCCACGCCUCCAACUACAACGUAGCGUGAUAUUAUAGAAUUCAUUUUUUACUCUACAAAUUGUAUAUUUUUAGGCAAAUACUCACAACACUUUCAUUUUCAAAAUUCAUAUUUCUCACUUGUAUAUAUUAGUGCUAUUGUGAUAAUAAAACAAAAUGAAUCUAAAAAGU